UAAGAUGAGUGGGUUCAUCGAUUGUCACUGUCACCUUGCAGCACCGGAGUUCCUCACAGAUAUCGAUGCAGUGAUAGAGCAAGCUAAAAAGGCUGGACUUCUAGCUCUUGUGGGAGUAACGGAGCAUUCUGGAGAAUUUGAAAGGCUGAUAGAGCUUUCAGAUAGAUACUCAGGAUUUGUGCUACCAUGUCUUGGUGUUCAUCCAGUGCAAGAAAAUCCACCACAAGGACAGCGUGCAGUCACUUUGCAGGAUUUGCAGAUUGCACUUCCACUAAUAGAAAAAUAUAAAGAAUAUUUACUGGCAAUUGGAGAGGUUGGAUUGGACUUCACGCCGCGAAUUGCCCACACUGAGGCACAGAAAAAUGAACAGAGAAAGGUCUUCAUUGAACAGAUUGAAAUUGCAAAGCGACUGGAUUUACCUUUAAAUGUACAUUCUCGUUCUGCUGGCCGUCCAACCAUUAAUCUUCUGAAGGAACAAGGAGCUAAGAAAGUGUUGCUGCAUGCAUUUGAUGGAAAACCUUCUGUUGCUAUGGAAGGGGUGAAAGCUGGAUUUUUCUUUUCAAUUCCGCCAUCUGUCAUAAGAAGCGAGCAGCAGAAAUUGGUGAAACAGCUACCACUAGAGUCAAUCUGCUUGGAAACAGACUCUCCUGCAUUAGGGCCAGAAAAACAGAUGAGAAAUGAGCCGAAGAACAUAUCCAUUUCCUGUCAGUACGUUGCACAAGUUAAAGGGAUUUCAGUGGAGAAUGUCAUGGAAGUGACAACGAGGAAUGCAUGCAAACUUUUCCCAAAGCUUCAAAAAUUAAUCCACUUAUAACCCAGAUUCUCUGUACAAUAAAAAGUAACAAAGUUGAGUAAGAAUGCUUUAUUUCCUGGAGAUUGAGCGAUUCUGUCAUAGGCUAUCUUUUCUUUCUAUGUCUUAGUGUUAAAUAAGAAUAAGACAUGUUAAAGGCAACCUUAAAGUUCAUUAUAGCUGUCCCAAUUUAUUUCAUUAUAUUUCAAUUUACGUACAUUAAAACUAAGACUAAAAAUUA